AACACUUUUACAAGCACCCCCCCCACCCUCUCCCUUUCGUCUCUAUAUCUCCCUCUCUCCUUCCCACCCUCCCUUGUGUAACAGUGCCCAGUGCUGGAUUACUAAGCUCUGAGGCUGCUGAAACAAGGGGCUGUGGCAGGCUUCGACCAGAAUGGUGAGGUGGUUCCACCCCAACAUCACCGGAAUCGAGGCAGAGCAGCUCCUGUUGACCCGGGGCGUCCACGGCAGUUUCUUGGCCCGGCCCAGCAAGAGCAAUCCGGGGGAUUUUACCCUCUCUGUCAGGCGAAAUGAUGAGGUGACCCACAUCAAGAUCCAGAACUCGGGUGACUACUACGACCUGUACGGAGGCGAGAAGUUUGCCACGCUGGCCGAGCUGGUGCAGUAUUAUACUGAACAGCAAGAUCUCCUGCGCGAGAGGAACGGCCAUGUCAUCGAGCUCAAGUACCCACUCAACUGCAAGGACCCCACCUCUGAGAGAUGGUACCAUGGACACCUCUCUGGGCGAGAUGCAGAGAAACUGCUCACAGACAAAGGCAAGGCCGGCAGUUUCCUGGUACGGGAGAGCCAGAGUAAACCAGGUGACUUUGUCCUCUCAGUUCUCACCAAUGAGGAGAAACAUGAAAACGUGGAUCGCAAAACCAAGGUCACCCAUGUUAUGAUACGCUACCAGCAGGACGGUAAGUACGACGUAGGCGGAGGUGAGAGGUUUGACACCCUGACAGACCUGGUGGAUCACUACAAGAAGAACCCCAUGGUGGAGAAAAGUGGCAUCGUAGUGCACCUCAAACAGCCAUUUAAUGCCACAAGGAUAAAUGCAGCCAACAUUGAGAACCGGGUACGAGAGCUCAACAAAGUAGCAGACAACUCAGAGAAGCCCAAACAAGGAUUCUGGGAGGAAUUUGAGGUACUUCAGCAACAGGAGUGCAAACUCCUUUAUCCCCGGAAAGAAGGCCAGAAGCCAGAAAACAAGAGUAAAAACAGAUACAAGAAUAUCCUCCCCUUCGACACAACUCGUGUUGAAAUCAGGGAAAAAGAUCCAGAUGUUCCUGGUUCAGACUACAUCAAUGCCAACUACAUCAGAAGUAUGCAUGAAGAGGGGCGCCACAUGGAGGAGGGCAAAGUCUUCAUCGCCACCCAGGGCUGCCUACAGAACACAGUCAUUGACUUCUGGAAGAUGGUGUACCAAGAGAACACACACGUUAUCGUCAUGACCACGAAAGAGAUAGAGCGAGGGCGGAACAAAUGUGUGCGUUAUUGGCCUGACCUCAAUGCCACUAAGGAGUUUGGGAAGGUGCUAGUAAGGAAUGUGGACGAGCGGCCAGCACAGGACUAUAUCCUUAGGAAGCUGGAGGUGACCCGUCUGGACCGACUGAAGGAGCAUUCAAGGUACAUCUGGCACUAUCAGUAUCUGAGCUGGCCAGACCACGGUGUGCCCAAUGAGCCUGGUGGUGUGCUCUGGUUCCUAGAGGAGGUCAACCGCACACAGAGCACCAUUCCGGACGCUGGACCCAUUGUCGUCCAUUGCAGCGCAGGCAUUGGCAGGACAGGCACCAUCAUUGUCAUUGACAUCCUCAUCAAUAUUAUUAACCGCCAAGGCCUAGAUUGUGACAUUGACAUCCCUAAGACCAUCCAGAGGGUACGGCAGCAGAGGUCUGGCAUGGUGCAGACAGAGGCCCAGUAUAAGUUCAUCUACAUGGCUGUGCAGCAGUACAUAGACACGGCUCAGAAGAGACUGGAGGAGGAGCAGAGGAAUAAAAUGGAGAGGGAAUAUUCCAAUAUCAAAUAUCCCCAGAUGACCAACUCAAGGUCCAAACCCAACAUGGCGUCCUCACGCUCCUCUUCUGUGAUGACAAAUGAUGAUUCGUCGAGUGUGUAUGAGAACAUAAACUUUAAAAGCCCUCAGACAUCUUUUAGCAGUAACACCAGGAGGUAAAAGCGUUGGGUCCUCCACAUCUCUCUGUCUGCCUCUUUUUUCAGCAGAAGUGUGGCUUUGUCAGCACCUGAAAAUCCCUUGGGGGAGGAGGAGGAGUGUGGUGCUCUGACUACACCCCACACCAGUGGACCCUGCCAGGGCUGAGGGUGGCAAGCGGGCUCCUCUUCUGCUGCCGUCCUGCUGGCCCUGUCUGUGUGGAGUAAAACCUCGUCCUCCAUGGACAGGACGACUCUACAGCAUAGCGCCCAUGCUCAGGGCCUCCGUCCUCCCCCAUUUCUCUCCCCUUUGCUCCUGCCUCCAAAGCUUCUCCCUCUUUUAACCAGCAAAAGUGCCUUGUCACAGGAUGUGUCUGUAAUCUAGCCUCCCCAAACCUGCUGUUAAAUCUGUACUGUUACUAUUUUUCAAACUCUGGAAACCCAAGUUGACAUAAGAAACCACCAGUUUUUCCUUGGGAUAACUGAUACUGAACACAGAGUCUGCCCUGGCCUGAAAUGAACAGAGCUGUACGGGACCCAAGAAGAGGUCAAAGCUAAGCUGUUUGUCCACCCGUUGCCAGAAAUCACCCUGUCCGCUCUCUCUCUUUCACUGUCUUUGCUGGCUGUCAUUUGAACUCAAACCUAAGACUGUUUUUGCUGCAAUCUGUCUCUGUGGUGGUUAUUCAUGUGGCCGCUGAGUGAUAGCAAGGGCAGUUACAUAACCUGCUACAGGAUCCUGAGGAAGGGCAAGUAAGCCCUCUCUUCCUCUUCUUCAGAAAAAUGCAUCAUUUGGAUUUUGGGUGUGAAGGUGGACUCUUUUAAUUUGAGUUUUUUGGAGAUUUGAAUGUUUUGUUGUGACAGAGUUGUAUGCAGUCUCCUGUGCUGGUGCAAAUGCAAAUUGGCCGUUCUGUUAAUAUUCUUCAACAGAACUGGAGACCAUUUUUACUUAUGUCUUAUGGUUACUGGGACAUAAACCAGUCCUGUCUGCCAUCUGUCAUCUGGCCUCCAGUGGUCCCACUUUGAGUACAAACUGAUUGUUUUAUCUUUUUGUCUGUCCUCUUAAUCAGCUUCUUUUCAUUAUUUCUUGGUGUUUUUGUUGAUGCCGUUGGUAUCGUGGUUGUGUAAUAUAUGAGAUGUUUAUUUUUUAAAUAUAUCUAUAUUUGUAAAGGAGCAUAAUGGUGGAAGAGAUAAUGUUUAAGCACAAUUGUCUAAGCAGCAGCCCCAGUACUAAUUUUGUUUUAUAAUAGUAUUUUGAAGUUCAUAUUUGAAAGGAAACGGAGUUGAGAGGAUUCCUGAAUGGGUGGUUGGAGUUGAGCUUGGCUGAACGCCGUCUCUCAGCUGUCCUCGUUAAUCAGCAGGUCGGUUGCGGUUCAACAUCUGUCGGAGGAGAUCGUCACAAGGAGACAAGGGAAAGGGGACGAUUACAGUGGGCCAGAUGGCCAUCUGCCCGAGAUUGAAGAAUAGAUUUGUCUCCAAAAAGUAAUUUAGAAGAUGGCCAUAAUCCAGGCUUGAUGAUAGCGGGGCGAGUAAGCCGACGUCAUUGAUGCGAUAAGGAAGACGGUGGUGCUUCAGAGCACUGAGCCCUCUGUGCUGUCUGGCAGAUUGUUUGCUAUUUUUAGCUUCUAGGAUAAGCACCAAAAUACCCUACUGAAAUACAAGUCCAGAUACAUUGGUAAAAUCUGAUCUAGCUUGUUUGUAAUAACAUAAUGGUCUUGAAGUCGCUUUUAAUAGGACAUUGUAAUGAUACUGUGUGUUCAGUCAACCCUCAUCAAAAAUAAAUCAUGAAUGAGUGACACUUGUUGGUGGUGUUUGUGCUCUGACCAUUCCUCUUUCUCCACCAACAGAAGCGUCCAACUAACCAGGUCAAGGACACGCUCAGGCAGGACUCACCUUGUUUUCUUCAGUUAGAAACUAGCCAGUUUCUGCAGCUGCAGCUGCAGCUCCGGAUUUUUAAGAGACAUGAUUUAAAAUCUAGCUGAGAGUAAUCAGUACUCAGUUAUGGCACUGAAAAACUUUUUAUUUGAUACAGUUGACCUUGUGCAGUAUUCUAAUAUGAAUUAAUAAUGUAGCCAUAUCACCCUGUCAGACAACCCAGUUGUGUGUUUUGAAGGCUCAUCUGUUCUCAAAUAUCUCGUGAUUUCGGCCACUUGGUUUGAAACCUUUCCUGUUGUCGCCACAUAUUUUAAUGGUUGAUUCUUUGUGUGAAUAAAAGCUGUGUUUUAUUAAAUAAAAGGCAUUGCUGCCCUGUGCCAGUGAAGGCCUACAGUAUGUCUGUUAGAAAUAUGCUGCACCACUUGAUGUACUUCAUUUGAAUUUGAACAUUGGGGAUGUUUGACUCCCUCUGGUUUUUCCUUUCGUCCUUUUUCCGUCUGAACUGUGAUCUUUGUCUGAUGAAUGAGAAAUGACUUGUGGUAUUGUUUCUGUGUUUCUGAACUAUGUUGCGCUGUGGACAAUUUAGGUUUUUUGUUUGUUUUUUGUUUUUUUGUAUUUCACUUUGCCUCUCUGGGUCAAAUUGUUUGUGAUAUGGUGAAACAUCAAUACUUGAAAGUGUGAAACUGCUGAAUCUUUGGCCUCAGGCUGUCUGGACGUCCAUUGGCUGUGGAAGUAUUUUCGGUAGUGCACUAGAUAUUUUUUUUUGCCAUCAGUGUUGUUUUAUUUUAUUUAGUUUUUUUUUUUUUUUCUUGUUUCAUCUUCUUCAAAUUGUAUAUUUCUAAUUGAUUGUAUUAUCCAUGCUUUCAUUUUGUAUUGUGUCUCUUAUUAUUAUUAUUAUUAUUAUUAUUAUCAUUGCUGUAAUUUUACUAUUGAUAAGUAAAUUCUGGUUCUAAGUUGAUCCAGUGUACAUGGAGGUGUGCACUAGUAACACGGUAUUUUCUUUCUGCUUGUCCUCUUACAUUUACUUGAAUGUUUUUUUUGUUUGUUUGUUUGUUUGUUUUGGUUUGUUUGUUUUGUUCUAAUUUUUAUUCCUUGUUCCUCUGUUGGUGGCAGUAUGGCUGAAGUGAGUAGUGAUAUACUGAGUGCUCCCAUGUUGUUCAGUGGAGGCUCCCCCUUCCUCCUCUUCUUGCACUGGCUCUGCCCAAACGCCUUUUUGCUGUAUAGGCUACAACUGCUGAUGCAAUGAGCUGCCAGAAAUGGCAUCAAAAUGGUUUAUUAUCAUAUAGUUUAAUAAAAAUCUAUGAUGGCACUGUAUAAA